AUGACAGGAAGAGGCCAGGUUCUGGCAGAUAGUAUGAAAACUAGGAAAGUGGACGUGCUAUGUGUGCAGGAAACAAGAUGGAAGGGGAACAAGGCGAAAGAAUUAGGUGAAGGGUACAAGUUGAUAAAUGGAGGAGCAAACGGAGAAGGAAGAAAUGGAAUUGGAAUUAUUUUAUCGUGUGACAUGAAAGAUUUAGUAACGGAAGUGAACAGAAAGAGUGACAGAAUCAUGUGGAUACGAUUAGCCUUUGAAGAUUUCUCGAUGAAUAUAUCUAGUGUAUAUGCAUCACAAGCAGCAGGCAUAGAUGAAGAAAAAGAACAGUUCUGGGCGGCACUACAAGAAGAACUGGAAAAGGUUGAUGAAAGUGAAAGGUGCAUAAUUGGAGGAUAA